AUGGUGGUGGUGCACGCAGGGGAUGACGCCGAGGUCGCAAUGGCCAACCAUUGGAUCUUUGCACCUGCGCACGAGGGAGUCUUCACCGUGGAUGCCGACCGCCAUGAAGUCAUUGACUUCAUCGAGACGGCCCUGCGUGGACGCAUUGCAUUUCUCACGAAGCACAAGCAGCAGGUGGACUUGUGCCGGUAUCUCAAAGCCAGGUUGCAGGAUUGGCUUGGACUCCCCGAUGCCCAACGCCCGCCAGCUUCCUUUCUGUCCCACUUCGGCUUCGCCGAUAUGAAGGAAGCCAUCCGGACAAGGGCCGUGGGCGGCAUGGCCUGCGCUGCUUUAUCGGGUGAUGUGUCCAUGGUACGAGCACUUGCCGACGCAAAGGCCUCCAUGAGCACGUUCUGCCACCCCAUGUUGUCUGUUGGCGUCUUGGAGUACCCGCCCUUACACCUUGCCGUGGCACGUGGUGCCCGGGGUCACGCUGUGGUGCUGGAGCUGCUGCGCCAGAGAGCCGACCCCAACACAACCUGCCGCUUGGGUCUCCCGUGCCUUGGAAGUUGCCGUGAUGCAGCUUCCGUUGAGAUGCUGGUGCAGCAUGGUGCGGAUGUGAACUGGCGAGGUGGGAAGGUGUGGGUCACCCCUCUCGGCUAUGCUUGCUCCAAGUUGGCACCUCUGGAAGUUACCAAGAAGCUGGUGGAACUGCAGGCAGAUGUCAACUUGUCCACGACGCCCCUUUCCAAUCUGGCUCUUUACAGCAGGACUGUCCCCAAGCUCGCCGUGAGCACUGCGCACGUCUUGCUCCAGGCUCGUGCGGACGUCAAUCGGCCGGAGCGUCUCGUGGGCCUCUUCCGCGUCCUGGAGAUUCUAGGCAGAGUGCAGUUAUGCUUCAGGAGACGCAGCCAAGUAAGCCGGCUCUUCUCUGUGUAUGCGGAAGGCAGCACGACGCCCCUCGGCUGGGCAGCCACUUCGGACAACGCGACUCUGGUGGAAUUCCUGCUGUCGGCCAAAGCUGAUCCAGAUAUUCCCAAUCAUCGUGGCCACACUCCCAGACAACUGGCAGUAGAUGCUCGCGUUCGCAGCGUCUUCGCAGGCCACCAACCGGACGCAGUGUUCAAUCACAUCCCUUGCAAGGGCGACGGGCAUCUUACACAAUGCACCUCGCAGCUCGAAGAUGAUGAUGCUGACAUCUUGUCCUUGUGA